CGGGGCUCGGGCCGACAUACGCAGUCAGUCGCGCCGUGCUCUCCAACCAGAGCAGCCUUACUCCAUGGCAGCCGCGCAUCACGGACUAUAACAACAAGAGUAAGAGCGGUAGCAGCCAGGUGGCUGAUUCACCCCGCGCCCUUCUGAUGUUAUGCUACACCGCAUUACUGUACGUGGGGGCGGGUUGCCUACUCGCUUUGCCCUUAGGGGGGCCAUGGUCGGGGGCAAUAUGCAAGCCCGCCUCGACGCUUUGCGAGCGGUACGAAAAGUGCGCGGGGUUAAUCAGCCACCUGGUUGGUAUCGAUGACCUGACAACGUAUCUUGCCAGAGGGAUUCCAGUCCGCACCACAAAAGUGCCUCUCCGGCGCGAGAAAAAUUGUACCAAAGUUUUGAUAAUAUUUUGUAUUUUUAAUCCAUGGCUUAGUCAAAUUUCUCGACAUCGGCUGCGCUCGCCAUUUUGCGAAAAUAUUGUGAAAUAUGAAAAGAUUUAUAUCAACAAUUUAUUGAAAGUGAUAUGAACUACUUUCACCAAUAAUCCAAUAAUAGAACUGUCUGUCGUCCUUUGCAUGGUGACAACGCGCACAUGUCAAUAUGUAAGUGCACUGCCUUACAAAGGGCCAGGGGCUAUUCACGGGGACACGUCUAUACGUCUGUAAGCGUCUGUACUGGCGGGCACCUUGCUGGCGGGGCCGGCGGGGCCGGCCGGCGGCAGGUAUGGAGCGUGCCGCGGAUCCUAGCGGAGCCCCGGCGGCGGCACCGCAAAGGGUCAGGUGCCGGCUCGAGUUUGGCGACCAGAUGUGAUAAUAAAACUCAGGUGCCCAUCCACGUCGACAAUGAGAAAGAAGGUACUGCAAAGACAUCUGCAAGCCAUGCCCAGCGCAGCGCUGGCGACGGGGAGGCCGUGGGACUCGGGUGGACUGGGUGGACGGGCAGCAGGAGGAAGCCCCUCGGUGGCAAUAUCUGAAAUUUGAGUGGCGGAAAGGUGUUGUGUGUUCUGCGUGUGUUUUUCGACUCUCUUCCAUGGAAGAGCCACCCGUGCGGUAACUGAUGCUGCGAGUUAAUUAAAUAUCAGACCAAUAUAUACUAUGAGAAUGUGUGUGUUAAUUUCGGAUCAAUUUCUUUAUCGAUCUGAUGCGAAAACCGAUGAAUUUUUGAUGUCAGUUGUCGUUCCGAUAUCGAUCUGAUUGUUCGUUGCUCGCUGACAUGCAACAUCGUUCGACUGUCAGCUCGACUUUCGGUGGCACACUGUCUGCAUUUUGGCAGAGUCAGCUAAACGUGGGUGUUAACAGCUGGCCGCGCAGGUAGAAGAGGCAAGAAAACGACAACAAACGCCGUGAUGCUGACGUUCGCAAGAAUUAGUAGAACGCAAAAGUAAGAACAGAGCAAGAGCAAAUUUUUUACUCCGCUACGGUGUUAGUUUUUUACCCAUCUAAUGCUUUUCUUGAGAGAGUGUAGAGUAUAGUUCAUUCGCUAAAUGUAGACACACCGGCAUCCCUCUAAACCCGAGGCCCCAUUGUAAGCGUCAUUACGAUGCGUGGAGCCCGGUCCCCGGCCCCCGCCCGACCCCUAGCUAGACCUGCCAACAUAUUUUCAUUGGGAGAGCGGAGGCCGGCGAAGCAGGCGCGGGUGUCUUCGGCAACUCUAGGCCGAGGGAUCGACCCUCGUAAUGAGCGUAACCAGGCCGUUUAUGAGGGCGACAAAGAAGGGCCAGCGAUUGUUUCGAUUUCCUUUGCGUGCCGGUGUGUCUACAUUUAGCGAAUGAACUAUAGGGAACCUCUUGUAGUGUAGUGUUAGUGUUAGUGCUAGUGUCAGUGUUGUGUUGAGGGCCAAGGUCGCAAAUAGCAGUCUGAAGUAAGCGUAAGCAUGGCGCCUGCGUCUCCCGCGUCCUCCGUGGGGGUUGGUCCGAGGGGGCGCGACGCAAUCGACUCGUCGACCUGCAGCCCUGCAGCACGCACAACCUUUUGGCAGGAUGGGGACUCAGUACUCGUCUCCCCGUCCUCAAGCCCACGCGGAAAGGGUUGCCCUAGUAGUGGCCUCUGUCUGUGUUGCAGCUCCAGGGGUUCCCCGCCGCCCCUUGCCGAGCCGGCCCCUCCCUCGGCAGCGUCCUCUCAAGGCUGCGUCUUGUUGCCACCCUGCUCUCCUCUCCUCCCCUCGCCCCACCCCCGCCCUUCCCGACCAGCCUCAACAACAACAACAACAACACCCCCCUGCCCCUUGCCCUCGCCUCAGCCCGCUCGCCGGCCGCCGCCCGGGCCCGGGCUGCAACCCCCUCCCCUCCCCCACCCCUAGUCAGCAACAGUCGACAGUCCAGUCCAGUCAGUCUGCAAGGUGCGCGCCGCCCCGCAGCACCAUGCCGUUCCGCGUGUGCCAGCAGGCCCUUUUCCCCGACGGGGUCGCGGCCGCCGCCGAGGCCCUGCCGCACAACAUGGCCUUCCCCGUGGACGCCCCGCCGGCCCUCCGCCGGACGACGCGCGCCGACAACGAACGCUUCGCGGUGCUCAUCGAGCACGUCGACCUCCCCACGUCGCUGACGUGCAGCAACAUGCUCAUGGAGGCCCUGACGCAUCAGCUGACCGGUUGCGGCGUCGACGUGCUUCCCGGCCAGGUGGCCUUGCUGAGGCACCGGCUGGCCGUCCAACUCGCCCUGCACCGCCGCCGCUACCUGGACGCCAUCGUGGAGGCCGUGACCAGGAACUACGGGUACUACGACGGCAACGCCUACCUCGACCUCAACCGCAUCCCCAACAUGCAGGCCAUGGUCGACGGCUACAUCCGCGAUACGGGCGACGCCUGGACGGCGAGGGCGUUCGGCGUGGAGGUGAUUCAGGCCUGCGCGGACUCCGAGGCCGUCAACAUCCUGAUCCUGUUGCCUGGCCACGGCACGUCCAUGGUCAGCCCGCACGAGGGUAUUACGCCCCUGAGGACCGUGUGUCUGCUGUGCUCUGACAGCGAGUGCGCGCCAAGAUACUCGAGCGUCUUUAGAGUGGGCUGCUACCCCCCGUCCGUCACCACCCCUUCGCUGCCGCCGGCGCCCCCACCGCUGUGCUCGCCUCCUCAGCUGUCCCCCGACUCUGGACUGGAGUCGACGCCGUCUCCACGUCCCAGUGGGCACUGCGCUGAGGUCCAAAUCAAAUCUGAGGGCGAAGAGGACUCUACCGCAAGUGGACUUAGUUCCGGCUGGAGUGAUAGUGAUGUGAAUAGUGUCAAAUCUGAAGAUCUUGGACCCGGCAUCAAAAGUGGCAGUGAGGAGCAGUGCGCCAGCAGUACGCGUCCAGUUCACGGGCGCCGGCUCAUGAGGAUCCCCGUGCAGGACAAGCCGUUGACGCUCGCGACGUGGAACGUGGGCUACUUGUCCGCGGCGGGUGCUUGCCGAGGGGCGCCUCUGUCGCCGUGGUUGGGGAAGCAGGUGAAUGGGCCCUCGGGGGUGGCCCGCAGCCUGGCUGCCAACGGCGUCCAGAUUGCUGCCCUGCAGGGACACGCUCUGGAGUCCAGCAUCGGCGAGCUGGAGGGCUACACGGUGUUCGCCCACGGCGGCGUCGGCGCGAGCAGCACGGAGACGGGCUUCGCGGUCCGGGACGACCUGGUCGGCGCGGUGAGCAGCUUCGUUUCCUCGCCGUCGUCACGCGCGUGCCGGCUGGACCUGUUCGCCACGCCCAUGAACGUGUCCCUGGUGAGCGCGUUCGCCCCGCCCGAGGACGCCGCCGAGGAGGUGCACGAAAGCUUCUCCAAAGCGCUGCGCACCAUGGUGAGCGCCGCCCCCCGCACCGCCGUCCUCGUCGUGCUGGGUGACUUCGGCGCCGAGGUCGGCCGCCAGCCGAACUCGCUCAGGUGCGUCGCGGGGAAGUCCAGCCUCCACCGCGACUACAGCAGCAACGGGGUGCGCCUCGUGCACUUCGCCAGGCGCAACGACCUGGUCAUCAGGUCGACCAUACUGGACAAGAAGGCGGACGCGCGCGCCACCCGGAUGACCGUGGAGCGGCUCGCCGACGGCUCGGAGCGGAUAUCAUGCAGCCAGGUGGACCACGUCCUGGUGCGCAGGCAGUACCGCGGCUCCGUCCUGGCCGUCCGGUCCGUCCCGAGCGCCGGCCUCAGCGACACCAACCACCGCAUGGUCCUGGCCGUGGUUUCUGUCCCGUACGGCGUGCUGGCCAAGAGCAAAAACGCAGAACGGCCAAAACCAUCCGUCUCGCAGGUCUUGGAGAAGAUGCUGCUGUGGAAGAAAGCGGACGACGCGGCCGAGGAGAUGUACCGUCGCCUGACGAACCGGACGGUGGCGGUGAAGGAGGAGCACCUCAAGCAGGAACGGGAGGGCCAGAACGGCGGGGAUCUGGACGACGUGAUGGAUGACCUCGGAAAAAUAUUGCAGGAGAUCAAGGAGUGCGAGACCAAGAUAGAGAGCAAGUCUCGCCACAGCGAACCCCGUCACCGUCGGCUCCCUUCCCCGGUAAGUCGGCCUCCGAACGGCCUUCAAGACGACCAUGGCAGUGGAAAAGUCCUGCAGGACGAGAUCAAGGAGUGCGAGACGAAGAUAGAAAGUAAGUCUCGCCACAGCGAAUCCCGUCACUGUCGUCGGCUGUUCUCCCCAGUAAGUCCGCCUCCGAACGGCGCCGAUGACGGCCUUGGAGAAGUCCUCCAGGGCACUAAGGAGUGUAAGGCCAAGUUAGAGAGGAACGACUCUCGUCACCAUCGGCUCCCCUCCUCAGUAAGUCCACCUCCGAACGGGGUUGAUGACGACCUUAGAGAGGUCCUGCAGAGCAGUAAGGAGGCAAAGACAGAGAGGAGGCUUCAUCACCGCGACUCCCGUCACCGCCACCGUCACCGUCGGCGCCGUCUCCCCUCCCCGGUCAGCCCUCCCUCUCCUGCACGAGCGCCCCGUAGCGCACCGGUCGCAUUCCAAGUGAUGAUCCCUAGUCCCAGCGCCUCUUGCUGGGUGCUCCCUCGUGGUCAUGACCGCCCUAAUCCUUACUGCGACACCCCGCGAGACCGUCGUCGGAGGGGUAUGUUCGGCCAAGAGGCCUCGGGCAACGCGCCACAAAACAGUAACGAAAGGGUUGCUCGCUUUCGCCCUUACUAGUCCUUUUAAGGCGUUGGAAUUAUUCAUGUAUUUUUUGAUCUCCAGUUUUGAUGUUUUUACAAACUGUUUAUGACUGUUUUUUUAAAGAAAUAUUUUAUAAGUUUUUUACCAUAUUUUUAGGGCAUGACGAAUGUUGUGUUUUUUGAUCUCCAAUUAUAGUGUCUAUUAGAAUAAG